UGAUGAAGGCAAUAAUAGCCAGUUCCAACUCGGACAGAUAUUGCAAUUCGAUCUUCGCCCCGAGAAUUUUGUUCUUGGCACAGUUGACCCAACUCUCUUCUUCUGCUGAGUUAUCUGAAUAAUCUCCUGAUCUCUUUCUUCUCCGUGCGAAAUCUAGUUUCUAAGUAGCUUAGCAAAAUGUCCGGGCAAAGUCAGCGUUUGAAUGUUGUACCCACAGUUACGAUGCUGGGAGUUAUUAAAGCUCGCCUUGUUGGCGCAACAAGAGGCCAUGCUUUGCUGAAAAAGAAAAGUGAUGCUUUGACUGUGCAAUUCCGUCAGAUUCUAAAGAAUAUAGUGUCAACAAAGGAAUCAAUGGGAGAAGUCAUGAAAGACUCCUCCUUUGCUCUGACUGAGGCAAAAUAUGCUGCUGGUGAGAACAUCAAGCACGUUGUCCUUGAAAAUGUCCAGAAUGCAACUCUUAAAGUUCGAUCUCGGCAGGAAAAUAUUGCUGGGGUGAAGCUCCCUAAGUUUGAACAUUUCUCUGAAGGAGAGACCAAGAAUGACCUGACUGGAUUAGCUAGAGGGGGGCAACAGGUACAAGCCUGUCGUGCUGCUUAUGUGAAAUCUAUUGAGUUACUUGUUGAGCUUGCAUCGCUGCAAACAUCAUUCUUGACUCUUGAUGAGGCAAUCAAGACCACAAAUCGGAGGGUCAAUGCCUUGGAGAAUGUUGUAAAGCCUCGGCUGGAGAAUACAGUUCUUUACAUCAAGGGGGAACUUGAUGAAUUGGAAAGGGAAGACUUCUUCCGUCUGAAAAAGAUACAAGGUUACAAGAAGAGGGAGGUAGAGAGACAGAUGGCAUCUGCCAGGCAAUAUGCGGAGGAGAGGGCUGCUGAAGAACUUUCUUUGAAGAAAGGCAUUACGCUUGGUUCAGCCCAUAACAUACUGUCCCAUGCUUCACAGAAAGAUGAGGACAUUAUUUUCUGAUUUGGAGGUCAGCUUUUUGGUUAAGUUAUGUUGGUUGUUAAAUAUAGGAACGGAUUAUAUUAUUAGAUGGAGAGAUUUUUUCUGUUCAAUAAGAGCUCUAUCAUAUUUGUACUUACUGAACUCUACGGGGAGCAGCCUCAUUGGCUAUUUGUGUGUGCUUUUUUCUAUUUUUCGAUUCAGUGAGCUGUUGGAUGGAAAUUUUAUUUUUUGCUCAUAUUAUGCCCAAGCUUAUCCU